AUGCUGCGGUUCGGCUGCUCUCAGGCCGUGAUCGAACGCCUCGACCCGCUUGUGGACCCCGGCUCGAACCCCUCGCCGCACAUGCACCAAAUAGUGGGAGGAAAUGCCUUCAGCUCGGCCAUGCCGUCGGCGGACAUCGCCAAACUUGCGACGUGCACGUCGUGCCACUUCAGCCAGGACUUCUCCAACUACUGGACGGCGAACCUGUACUUCCGGGCGCGCAACGGCACCUACAAGCGCGUCCCGCAGAUCGCGAACCAGUUCAACGACGGCGACAACGCCGGCAUCACGCUGUACUACACGUCGCCCGGCCCGAACCUGACGACCGCCUUCAGGCCGGGCUUCCGCAUGCUCACAGGCGACUCGAUGCGGCGCACGUCGGAGAAUCUGGGCAAGAACAUGCAGCAGUGCUACCGCUGCUUCCCGAAGCCCGACUUUGGCGGCAGCAUGUACUCGCCCUGCAUGGACCCCAAGUGGGACACCGACCAUCUGCCCACACAGCCGUGCCCUGGGGGCAUCCGGUCCAACAUCGUCUUUCCGCUGUGCUGGGACGGCAAGAACCUCGACAGCCCGAACCACAAGGACCACGUCGCCCACCCGGUGGGCGGGCCGACGUCAUUCUCCGUCGUCACGGGCAAAUGUCCCGCGAGCCACCCGGUGAAGAUCCCUCAGCUGAUGUACGAGGUGAUGUGGGACACGCGCGAAUUCAACAACAAGGGCGAUUGGCCCGCAGACGGCAGCCAGCCGCUGGUGCUGUCGACGGGCGACACCACCGGCUACGGACAGCACGCCGACUACGUCUUCGGGUGGCGGGACAGCACACUGCAGACGGCCAUGGACAGCGGCUGCUACCUGCGCAACUGCUCGCAGCUGGCGGACCAGGCGCCCAAGGUCAAGAACCUGUGCAGCGUGCCCGUGACGGCCAACGAGGACCACCAUCUCGACGAAUGUGAGUUGUUUUGUUUUGUCUUGUCUGUCAACUACCUUGAAUUGGAGCCGGUGCUGACGGGCAUGACGCGGUAGGGCUUUCUGAGCUUCCGGGCGGAGGCACUGGCGUGUGAUUGGGAUGAGGACAAUCUGUUGUUUGUGUAUAUGUGUUUCGAAGACGUGAAUUUGAAAAGAGGGCAAAGUCAAACAGUCCCAAUGUCCACUUGGAAAUUUGUGGUUUUGGGGAAUACUGCAUGCUAUUGUCGCGUGGCGAUGCGUAUGGAGCAAGUUUCAUCCCCGCAAUAGACCGAAAGUUAAUUCUCGCCGGGAAAAGAAGAAAGUAUUUCGUUUGAUGAUUUGUAAACACCAAGACGGUUGAGCCGAACAAUUGUGGCCGACCUGGGCAACGAAGCAGCCACAAUGCCACAUUGGGGUUUUCGGCUUGGGCCAGGUGCGGCUGGUGAAUUUCCC